AUGGCAAUAGCUCGUUCUGUAGCAAUUAUUGGUGGAGGAAUAGGUGGUUUGACAGUGGCCAAUACUUUAAUGCGUGUAGGAAUGUCUGUUUCAUUAUAUGAACGUGCCCCUUAUUUUAUUCCAACGGUCGGCGCUGGAUUUGGCCUUCAACCAAACGGACAAGCAGUACUCGCACACAUUGGCUUUAAAGAAAAAGUUGAACAAAUCGCGCAUCCCCUUCUUAUAUGGCAGAUUAUUAAUGGUAAUGGUGGUAUGAUUCUUUCAUCAAAUAGACCUGCUAGUUUUGGUAAACGGUUUGGUUUCUCUUUCGGAGGUACUAUUCGUGCAGAACUUGUUGAUAUAUUGAAAGCACCCAUAGAAGCAUGUGGUAAUUUACACUAUAAUCAUAAUGUUAUCAAUAUUACACAAGAUUCUGAUGGUGUAACGAUUUAUUUCGAAAAUGAAAAACAGAAAAACUCAAUUCGUGUAGACAUGGUCGUGGGAGCCGAUGGUAUUCAUUCAACAGUUGUUAAAAAAAUAUUUCCACAAACUCCUCCACCAAUCUAUACGAAAGAAAAUAUAUUCUAUGGUGUAAUAGACAAUAUCGAUCAGCAAACAUCUGUUAAUUCGUUAAUUAGAGCUAAGAACACAUUAACACAAUUCGUUGAUCGUGGUGAAUUUCUAGCCUAUCGAAUUGGUCAGCAUGGAGAAAUGAUGUGGGGAACCACCUAUCCAUCUGAUGCACCUCCGUCGACCAGUGGAGAUAUUGAAUGGACAGAAAUAAAUAAUAAACGAGAAUUAGAUAACGUAUUAAAGAGAUUUCCUAAAAAACAUCCUAUCCAUGAAUGUGCAGCGGCAACUGGUCAAAAACGUUUGCUUCAUUUCGGAUUAUAUUAUCGUCAACAUCGCACAGAUGGAUGGCAUCGUGGUCGGGUCUGUUUACUGGGUGAUUCAUGUCAUGCAACAUUGCCCUAUGUCGGUCAAGGAGCUAAUAUGGCUAUUGAAGAUGCAAUUUCACUUGCAACAUGUUUAGAAAAGAAUAGCUUUCGAAUUGAGCCAUCAUUUCAGGAUUAUUAUAAUCAACGUUUUGAUCGAACAAAGCGUAUUGUUAAUUCGGCACGAUAUUUAGGUUUGAUCUUACAUUCACAAAAUCCUAUUAUAGCAUCAAUAGGACGACGUUUAGGUCCAUUUAUGAUGAAGUCUGAACGAUUUAUGAAAAUGAUGGAAGAUGAAUUUUAUAACAAAUGUCCGAUCCCGAUGAAACCGUUGUAA